ACGCACGUCGUCACGACGAGCGAGUUCUUUGGAGCCGCUUUGGUCUUCUUCGACCGUGCAGCUUUUGCUUUUACUCGCUUCACGAGCGAGUUUGUCGCGAGACGCUUACAGAUCUCACCGACCGCCGAAAGAAGACGAUGAGUCGCUAAUGGCGACAAGAGUGAGUUUUGACAGCAAAAAGAGAAGCGUAGAACAUCGUUCGCCAUGGUAGCCUGUGCUCCCUGCGGCCGUCCUCUUUUGCUUUGCUUCUACAUCAACCUACCUCCCUCCAACUCAUUCUCUUCCAUAAAAUAGAUUAGAUUGCCUCCGCUUGCUUUUUCCCACUCCCGCACACAAAAAGAAGGUCCAAAGUGCUCAUGGAGGUCUCGGGCCGCGUCUCGUCUGGGAGAAACUCGUUGCCGCUGCUGCCGAGGUCGCCGGCGAGGAGGAGGGGGGAAGGCGGAGGAGGAGGAGGAGGAGGGGCAGAGGAGGCAGGCAUGGAGGCGCUUGGGAGGCUGGUGAGGCGAGUGAAGCCCUUCGAGCAUGUCGGCCUUCUGGGGUUCGUCGUCUUCACCGCCGUCCUGUUCCUCUCGCUGCUCUGCUUCGCCCACUUGGACUACAGCUGGGUGUGGCCCGGUGGCGGAGGGUAUCGGGGGUUAUGGAUCUCUGGGACGAAGGGUGGCGGUGGGGAGAGAGGGAAGAGCCACGGCGGCGGCGGUGGAGAAUGCGAUUGGUCCGAGGGGGGGUGGGUGUGGGACGAGGAGUAUCCGUUGUACGAGUCCAAGGACUGUGGUUUCAUGGACGAGGGUUUCCGCUGCUCGGAGAACGGGCGACCCGAUCGAUUCUACACCAAGUGGCGGUGGCAGCCCGCUGGCUGUGAUCUUCCCAGAUUUAAUGCAAAGAAGAUGCUGAAGAAGCUAAGGAACAGAAGGUUGGUGUUUGUUGGUGAUUCGAUAGGGAGGAACCAAUGGGAGUCCCUCCUCUGCAUGCUUUCCAUGGUGGUUUCUAACAAGAGCUCGAUCUAUGAAGUCAAUGGUAGCCCAAUUACAAAACAUAUGGGAUUCUUGGUUUUCAAAUUUGAAGAAUACAAUUGCACUGUGGAGUAUUACAGGUCACCGUUUCUGGUUCUCCAGAGCCGUGUCCCACCAGGGUUACCGGAGCAAAUUAAGACUACACUUCGACUGGAUGUCCUGGAUUGGACAUCCACCAGGUGGAAAGAUGCUGAUGUGCUUGUCUUUAACACCGGGCAUUGGUGGAACUACGAGAAGACUGUUAGAGGGGGUUGCUACUUCCAAGAAGGUAAUGACGUGAAGAUGGAGAUGAGUGUUGAUGAUGCUUUUCGGAGAUCAAUUCGAACAUUAUUUGAAUGGAUCCAUAAAGAAGUCGAUAAGAGCAAGACUCAUGUUGUCUUUCGCACUUACGCUCCUGUUCAUUUCAGAGGUGGGGACUGGAAAACAGGAGGGAGUUGCCACUUAGAAACACUUCCUGAUCUAGUUUCAUCUACAGUAUCAUCAAAAGCAUGGGCUCAUCUGUUGGAACCGUUUAGGAAUAUGCCCUCGUCAAAUUCAACUAUGAAUCAGGCACUAGAGUUGGAUCUGCUGAACAUAACCCAGAUGACAGCUCGAAGGAGAGAUGGCCAUUUAUCAGUAUUCUACCUUGGUUCUUCAGGACCUGCCCCCCUCCACAAGCAGGAUUGCAGCCACUGGUGCUUACCCGGGGUUCCAGAUACAUGGAAUGAGCUACUCUAUGCACUCAUUUUGAAAUGGGAGUUGCAGAAGCAUCAAAAUAUGACCGUCUUGAGCACGGCCAGAGUAGAGCUGGUACAGUAAAGUUCAGCUGUCAAGACUGCUAACUUGCACAAAGCUUAUACAGGACAAGUUUGCCAUUUAUCUUUGUGGAACCCUUGUUGGAACUCUGGACCAUCAGAAAGCUUCUACAAAGCUUCUGAUGUAAAGUUCUGCUGUCAAGACUGCGAACUUGCACAAAGCCUCUACAGGACAGGUUUGCCAUUUAUCUUUGUGGAAACCCUGUUGGAACUCUGGACCAUCAGAAAGGAUUACUGGCAUAUAAUUUCCAUAUACCUGUCGAUACAGAUUGCUCAUAGUAGCUCAUUACAGUAGCAACAGAAGAGAUGGAUACACUUCACUUACUAUCUUGUAAGUUGGUAAUUGUUGUUCUGGUUGUAAAGCAACAGCAGUGUGUUCUACAGAUGGCACUUAAUAGGAGUUUUGGAAAGGCUGGUUAGCAUUCUUGA